ACACAGCUGCCGGGUUAUUGGUCCGAAGUUCCCGGAGGGGGCGUGGCCGGAGGAAAGUAAAAACUUGCUUUCAGCAAGAAGACUUUUGAAACUUUUCCCAAUCCCUAAAAGGGACUUUGCCUCUUUUUCCGGGCUCGGCAGGGCAGCCACUCUGGACCCCGGCUCGCUGACCCUCAGGGCUGCUUCUUUGCUGGGGGGCUAGGAGAGCCGCCUUCACCCUCCUGGCGCGGAGAGAGCGGCCGGCCUCGGUCCACUGCGCGCGUGGCGUCUCCACUGCGUCCCCGGCCGCCAGCUCCGGCUGCCACCAACCGGUCCCGAGAGCAAGCGAGCGAGCAGGCGCCGGCGCUGCGCUCGCCGGGGCGCGCCCUCCAGGAUGCCGAUCCGCCCGGUCCGCUGACAACGAGCGUCCCUUCUCCGCGCGCAGGCCGGCGCCGAGUGCCGGCGCCUCCCCCACCUCGCCCCCAAGGCUUCCCGGCGCCCGGGGCUCCCCCCGCCGGCUCCCUUCCUCUCGCUCUCUCGCUCCCUCGCUCUCUCGCACUCUCUCGCUCUCGCAGGGCCUUCCUCGCUGUGCGUGCGCGCAGGCGGCGGCGAGCCGUCUCGGACGCAGCAUGCAGGCGCGCUACUCGGUGUCCGACCCCAACGCCCUGGGAGUGGUGCCCUAUUUGAGCGAGCAAAAUUACUACCGGGCGGCGGGCAGCUACGGCGGCAUGGCCAGCCCCAUGGGCGUCUACUCCGGCCACCCGGAGCAGUACGGCGCGGGCAUGGGCCGCUCCUACGCGCCCUACCACCACCACCAGCCCGCGGCGCCCAAGGACCUCGUAAAGCCGCCCUACAGCUACAUCGCACUCAUAACCAUGGCGAUCCAGAACGCGCCCGAGAAGAAGAUCACCCUGAAUGGCAUCUACCAGUUCAUCAUGGACCGUUUCCCCUUCUACCGGGAGAACAAGCAGGGCUGGCAGAACAGUAUUCGCCACAACCUCUCGCUCAACGAAUGCUUUGUCAAGGUGCCCCGCGACGACAAGAAACCUGGCAAAGGCAGCUACUGGACGCUGGACCCGGACUCCUACAACAUGUUCGAGAACGGCAGCUUCCUGCGGCGCCGCCGGCGCUUCAAGAAAAAGGACGUGCCCAAAGAGAAGGAGGAGCGGGCCCACCUCAAGGAGCCGCCCCCGGCGACGGCCAAGGGCGCCCCGGCCGGGCCCCCUCUAGCGGACGCCCCCAAGGAGGUCGAGAAGAAGGUGGUGAUCAAGAGCGAGGCGGCGUCGCCGGCGCUGCCGGUCAUCACCAAGGUGGAGACGCUGAGCCCCGAGAGCGCGCUGCAGGGCAGCCCGCGCAGCACGGCCUCCACGCCCGCCGGCUCCCCCGACGGCUCGCUGCCGGAGCACCACGCUGGCGCGCCCAACGGUCUGCCGGGCUUCAGCGUGGAGAACAUCAUGACGCUGAGAACGUCGCCGCCGGGCGGCGAGCUGAGCCCCGCGUCCGGGCGCGCGGGCCUGGUGGUGCCGCCGCUGGCGCUGUCCUACGCCACCGCGCCGCCCGCCGCCUACGGCCAGCCGUGCGCGCAGGGCCUAGAGGCUGGGNAGCCCCAGCCGGCGCCACAGCCCGGGGCCGCCGCGGCCCAGGCGGCCUCCUGGUAUCUCAACCACAGCGGGGACCUGAACCACCUCCCGGGCCACACGUUCGCGGCCCAGCAGCAGACUUUCCCCAACGUCCGGGAGAUGUUCAAUUCCCACCGGCUGGGGAUGGAGAACUCGACCCUCGGGGAACCGCAGGUGAGCGCCAACGCGAGCUGUCAGCUACCCUACAGAUCCACGCCGUCUCUCUACCGCCACGCCGCCCCCUAUUCCUAUGACUGCACGAAAUACUGACCUGCCUAGCCUGCUCCGGCUUCGCCUCCCACACCCGGACCUCUCAGACAGUUCAGGCUGCAGAGACGCAAAAAGAACCAAAACAUACCCACCAGCUUUUUCUCAGACCCCGGAGCAGAGAGAGCACGCGCCAGCCUCAGCCCUCCGUGAAGCUGCAGGUAACUUUAAUUCGCUGCCCCGUUUCUGAGAUCCUAAGAAGCCCCCCCGUGAAGGGACGCAGCCCAGCGAAAUGAAUAUUGAUUUUAAACCCCCCUCCCAUACCAGGAUGGUUGUGCUCACUGCUCCAGCUGGGGUUUCAAAAAAUUAAGUUACGGACCAAAUCCCAUAGCGACCCAGUAAUGACUCUCUGUAGAGACUCCCAUAGGUCUAUGGGGGCUUCUAUAGAUUACGUUUGUGCUGUGUGUAAUUUUAAAUUUCUCUAACCAUGCUGUACAAAUGUGUGGAUUUGUAAUCAGGCUAUUUUGUUGUUGUUGUUCAGAGCCAUUAAUAUAAUAUUUAAAGUUGAGUUCACUGGAUAAUUUUUUCAUCUUGCCCAACCGUUUCUAACUGCCAAAAUGAAAAUUCAAGAAACCUAUGUGGGGUUUUUACCCCCUGUACACUUACGAGAUACCAUUCUUUUCCCGGUGGUAGGUCUUUUACAAAACAAGGAAAUAAUUUAUUUUUUGUUGUUGUUGGCGGAUAAAGAAGUCAAGUAUCUGAUACUUUUUAUUUACAAAGCGUGAUGCUUUUGUAUAGUAGAUUCCUCCCUGAGCAUUCCUAAAAGAAAAAAAAAAACUUUAAAAAUUUAACUUCACCUGUGUUUGUCUUAUGUGGUCUUAAUUGUUGUACUUACCUUAAAAUAAACCCAUGUUGU